GCUGAUGAUGGACAAACUCGAGCAAAUCGAUAACUUAGCAAGAAAUAUAAGCAACCAUGUACAAUCUACCUUGUCAAAUUCCGAAAACACAGAAAACGUCACGCACAACCAAAUAUACAGGGAGAUUCAAAAGCUAUCAAGGUCGCUAACGACCUCAAUCAGCGCAAUAAACAACAACACAAGAGAUACCUGCAUGCAAGAGAAAAAUGUAGUUGAACUUUUUGACUCCUUCAGGAAAAAACUCUUGGAAAAAAGUAACAACAAAACAAAUGAUAAAAUGAACGGACCUAAAAUAGAUGACACGACGAUACAGGCAGUAAUAAAAGUUUUCGGUCAGGGACCGAAAGCCAAACCUAAGCCUCAUAAAAAACGCAAAUGCAAGCAUUUGGAGGAACUUAUAGACAUAAGAGCGGGUGACCCGAGAUUUUGCGAGGAGGGCGAGGAAGAAACGCCCAGUAAAAAACUCUCUGAACCAACGAAGAAACCGAAGAGGAAAAAAAAGAAGUACAAGAUUGACAUACGGGGCGAUAUCAAUGCCACUGAUGAAGAUAUAGAAUAUGAAGAAUACGACUCAUCAACUGAAGAUAUGAACGCAGCAGAAACUACUUACGAAACCACUAGUCCUACUGUGACUGACGCAUCAACCGAUGGUGUUGGUUUGGGAACAGAAAAAAAUAAUAUCUCAAGUACUUACUAAUCGGAAAUAUGGGGGUGUACAGGAAGUAGAUGCCUUCUUGACUAUCACUGGAUAUUUUCUAGCCAAACUGUGAAUUGUGUGUGAAUAUCGUUGUUUUUGUAUUUUUAUAUGCUUCUCUACUAACAGGUGAAUUACAGAUGUAUUUUUAUUGA